GGAUCAUGGCAGAAGUAGAGACAGCUCCGGCUCCGGCUCCAGCUCCAGCCGCCGCCCCUGCGGCCAAACCAGGCAAGAAGGCGACUUCUAAACACAAAUCCAAACCGAAGUCCAGCCCCACCGUCAGUGAUCUCAUCUGCAAAGCUGUGGGUGAGUCCAAGGAGAGGGGUGGCAUGUCUUUGGCUGCCAUCAAGAAGUACCUGAAUGCAACCGGAUACAAUGUGGAGAAGAACAACACCCGGGUCAAGACUGCCCUCAGGAAUCUGGUGGCGAAGGGGAUUCUGGUCCACGUUAAGGGGAACGGGGCCUCCGGUUCCUUCAAGCUAGGCAAAAAGGCCGAACCCAAGAAGUCAGGGAAGGGAUCCGCUGCUUCAGGCAGUAAGCCCAAACCAAACAAGCCCAAGACAGCAGCCUCAAAGCCCAAGACAGCGGCCUCAAAGCCCAAGACAGCGAAGAACCAGAGGGAGGUGACGGGACGUCAGCGGGGUCUGUCGGCUUUCCUCCAGUGUCCACACACUCCCGGGCGAAUCUACCAUGAGCGGAAGAGGCAAAGGAGGAAAAUAGUUGAGUCACCUGAACCCGUCAGUGCCCGCGAGGGCAGAGAGCCCAGUGGCUCCCCUCAGCAACACGCCAGGUGCUCUGACAAGUUCGGCCAGAACUGGGUGCGGCUGAAGUUCACAGGUGAGAGCGACCUUCCCACCAGAGACUAUGUCGGUCAGAGCCUUUUGUUUGAUUCUUGCUGGAUCAAUGCCGCAGACAUUUACUCUUUCAAAUAG